GGGGUCAAAUGUCUCGUGCCAGAAGUCACUUUCAGGGCAGGUGACAUUACUGAGCUGAAAAUUCUGGAGAUCCCAGGGCCAGGGGAUAGCAGGCAGUGUGGGGACCUGCAGCAGGCAGACACGGGCAUCCCUGGGGUUGGCUGCCAAGUUGGGCCCAGCCAGAAUGGCACUGGGAAGAUGUUAAAGAAGCCCUUCUCCAGCAGUGCCCCACAGAGCAUCCCGAGGAGGACAGACAUGAAGAAUCAGGAUAUUAUCAUCUCCCCCCAGCAGCAGUGUUCUAAGAGCUAUAUGGAUCGGCACAUGGAAAGUCUGACUCAAUCCAAAGGCUUUCGUCGUAGGCAUAAUUCUUGGUCAUCCAGUAGCCGCCAUCCAAACCAGGUGACUCCAAAGAAGAGCGGGCUGAAAAACGGGCAGAUGAAGAGCAAAGAUGAUGAGUGCUUCGGGGAUGACAUCGAUGAAAUCCCAGACACAGAUUUUGAUUUUGAAGGGAACCUGGCCCUUUUUGACAAGGCAGCUGUGUUUGAAGAGAUUGAGACUUACGAGAGGAGGAGCGGCACCCGUUCCCGUGGGACCCCGAAUGAAAAGCCAGCUCGUUAUCGGCAUGAUGAAAACAUCUUGGAAUCAGAGCCCAUAGUCUACAGACGGAUUGUGGUACCCCAGAAUGCUAACAAAGAAUUCUGCACGGACUCUGGGUUGGUUGUGCCCAGCGUGUCGUAUGAGCUGCACAAAAAGCUGCUGUCGGUUGCUGAAAAGCAUGGGCUGACCCUGGAACGAAGGCUGGAGAUGACAGGAGUGUGUGCAAGUCAGAUGGCUCUGAGCCUGCUCGGGGGACCCAACAGGCUGAACCCGAAAAACGUGCAUCAACGGCCCACAGUAGCCCUGCUGUGUGGCCCCCACGUGAAGGGGGCUCAGGGGAUCAGCUGCGGACGGCACCUCUCCAACCACGACGUCCACGUCAUCCUUUUCCUGCCCAACUUCGUCAAGAUGCUGGAGUCCAUUACCAAUGAGCUGAAUCUCUUCAGCAAGACACAAGGCCAGCAGGUGUCCAGCGUCAAAGAUCUCCCUGAUACCCCCGUUGACCUAGUGAUCAACUGCCUGGAUUGUCACGAAAAUGCCUUUUUGAGAGAUCAGCCUUGGUACAAAGCAGUUGUGGACUGGGCCAACCAGAACAGGGCACCCGUCCUCAGCAUAGACCCUCCCAUAAAUGAAAUGGAGCAGGGCAUUGAUGCCAAGUGGUCGCUGGCCUUGGGCCUCCCCUUGCCCCUGGGUGAGAGGGCAGGGCGUGUGUACCUCUGUGACAUUGGCAUUCCCCAGAAGGUCUUUCAGGAAGUGGGAAUAAACUACCACUCACCCUUCGGCUGCAAAUUCGUCAUCCCCCUGCACUCCACUUAGAGUCCAUCCAGCCAUGUGGACCUGAAGGAAGAGAGGAGUUCUGUCAAAUAAGCUGUCCAGUGGAACCUGACUGGUAAACAGGCAUCACAAGCCUUAAGGAUGUGAAGUUCUGGAGAGUUUCCUUCCAGAAGAAAUAUCAUAUUAAACAAAAAAAAUGUCAUAAAAUGAAACAAAAAGAAGGAAGCAAAUGUAACUGCAAAGCUGUUUUCAUUCUCUUGUGCCACUGUAAGAAGGAACACGCAGGAGAGUGGUAUCUGUCCCUAGUAAGGGCAGCAGUCGCUGCCCAGACCUGCCAGGGGACUGUUUAACAUAGGGAUGUGCAUGGAAAUGUUUUGGUACAAGCAAUGGGUGGUGUGGAGACUUGGGAUGCAUUUCCCAGUCCUUCUGGGCAGAUAGACCCAGCAAGGUGUCCUGGUGGGAGCAGCACCCUUGGAUUGUGUAGAAAUAACCUUUUUUUUUCUGUGGUUGUAGUGGGAGGGUGGACUUGAUUUUGUUCUGUUCUGUUGGAUUUCCCCCCCCAUUCUUUGUUCAUGAAGGCAGUAGUAGCUCCAUCCCCUCGAGGAGAGAGUUCCCUCAUCAGAAAGCUUGUGUUGGGAGCCAGAAGCUCUCAGGCAGCAUGUGCUCCUGGAGCACCAAUGUCCUCAGUUAGGCCUUAUUUGCUUAUGUAUUCUCUUGGCUGUUUGUUUCUUUGUUUGGGGGGAACAAGGUAUGUUAUGGUAAAGAACUUUUCCAGAGUGUUUUGGUUUGCUUAUUUUUUUUUUUUUUCCUUAUUUCUGGCACAGUGAGUGGCUGAACUGGGGGAAGCACAGUGAAACAGGGCCGUGUUGCUCUGACUCUGUGCUGUAUGGUGCAGGUGAUGCGUGGAUGAGCCCCCCUGCAGUGUUUCUAGUAUCCUUCCUAUGCUAUGUGUGGUUUGGGAAUCCAGUCACCCAUCUGGCCAUUCCCUUUGGGCACGAAGGCUGCGUGUGAGGGUGGGUGUGCACACCUGUGUCGUGAUAGCUGGGUACACAUUGCUUUUCUGGAAAGAAACAACACCUGGCCUUCAGGAAUGCCCUCAGGUCACAGUGGGCUGCAUAUCCUGUAGUGACAGGUGGGCCACAGCAUUCCUGUGAAUACACAGAGGUGAGAAUGGAUGUGGAGUCUGUCCCGAUGUGCCCACUGGGGACCUGGAGUGAGGGUCACUUCUGGCCUAUGUGCCCAGGCUAAGGUGACACAGGAGACACCAGGCAGAUGCCAAACAGGGACCCUGUUCCCACAAAGGGGUCCUUGGCUCCCUUCCUGCUUGCUCCUGAUUCUGUUCUCCUGGGGCCUUACCUGCCCUCAAAGCUUCUACUGGUCCUAAACUUGUCACACAGCCUGUUCAGGCAGCUGUGGAGGACUUCACAGCUUCACAUGGUGCCUUUUCUCCAGGGCAGCUGGAUUCUGUCAGGCUGAAGCAUGAGGAGAGCUGCCCUGUGUGUGGGAAUAGUUCUAGCUGUGCUGUAGUUGUGUUUGCCCUGCCUACCACAUGUGGACCCUUGUGUGCUGUGCAUUUACAGAUCAGGCACUUCUUACCUUUUAUCUGCGUAGAGCAGAGGCUGAGUGUAUCAGAGAUAGAGGUAAAAGGCUUUGCUGGUUAAAAGGAAGCAGUUGAGUAAUUAUUUUGCCAGGAAGCGUAGAUCUGAUGCUGGAUGUGGGGAGAGCAGACUUCAGACCUCCCCCUGGGGAUCUGCUUCUGAAGGUGUUGAGGUCCAUCAGUGAUAGUCACUUCUUAAGAGCUGCUGCCUCUUAAGAGCACAGGAGCAGAUGAUUCCCAAGUGGCAGAAGUCAAAGAAGUGAGGCAGAAGGCUGGCUUGGCUCUAAGCAGGGAUCUUUUCUGGAGCUUAAGUGUGAAAAGAAGGAAAGUGUAUGGCCACUGGAAGAGAUCUCAGGAGAUAAGUGAGGGUUUUAGAGCUGCUCUCCACCAUUCAUGUGGUGAAAGCUCAACUAGAGCUGAAGUUGGCCACUACUGUGGGGGACAACAAAAAGAGCUUUUUAAAAUAAGUUAACAGCAAGAGGAAGUCCAGAGAUAACAUAGGUUUGUUUCUUGAUAAGGAUGGUUGCCUCACAAACAGAAACACAGAUAAAAUGAAGGCUUUUAAUGCCUUCUUUGCCUCUGUCUUCAACACUGAUGACGUACUCUGGGACCCUUGAAAGUCUGUGGCUGCAGGAACAAUGAACUCCCAGCAAACCCUCCAAAUAGUGUGGAAUUUGCUGCUCCAGCUGGAUGCCUAGAAGACUGGGGCCCAUCCCAGGAUAUAACAAGAACUGGCCAAUGUCACCCUGAGACCUCUCAAUUUUAAUGAGUAUUUUAAUGGCUUUGGGAGUCUGGAAGCAUUCUAGUUGAUUGGAAGCUGCAAACAUUGUCCCAGUUGUCAGAACUGGCAGGAGGGGAGACUUUGUAAAACUGACAGUCCUAUAGUUACCUUUAGUGCCUGGUAAAAUUAUGGAGAAGGUAAUGCUGGGAGUUACAGAAAAAAUGAUUGAGACAACACAGUCGAUGCUCACAGCCAGCACGUGUUUACGAGGGGAACUUAAUGAACUUAAUUUCCUUUUAUGACAAGGUUUCCCACCUAGUUAACAAAGGGAAGCCACUUCAUGUAAAUCAUUUUUGGAUUUCAGCAGAACUUUUGGUAUUAUUUCUGACAGUAUCUCACAAAAUGUCUAGCAUACAGCUAGGCAGCUACAUGAUGUGGGUGAGUGGCUGGCUAAUGGGCCGGGCUCAAAGGGCUGGCAGGAAAUGGGGUUACACAUAUCAGGCUGGCAGCCAGGCACUGUGGGGUUCUGCAGGGCUCUGUUUGGAGGCCACUUCUUUUCAGUAAUACAACCUAAGGGAAUGGCAUUGAGCUGUGUCCGGAAACAGGCAGGUGGAAGUUAGGAAAAGGGUCUGCACCUGCAGGAGCUCAUGGAGUGUUUGGACAGAACUCUGAAAAGUAUGGUGAGAUUUUUGGGUGGUGUUGGGCUCAGCAAUCCUUAUGGGACCCUUCCAACUUGGGAUAUUCUGUGAUUCUAAGCUGUGUGAUGGGGGAAGACUUGCCAUAUCUACCUCAGCAGGACCAAGGGCUCUGCUCUCUUGGACCCUGGUUCCCCCAAGCUGCUUUCCCUGCUGGCGGUGAGACUACUGAACUGCAUAGGCUGGGCAGACUUGGUGCUCUUGCAGAGACUGAGCUUUGUGAAUUGUCAGUGCUCUGAGCAGGUGUUGCUCUGCCCUUGGGUGGGCAGGAAGGGCUAAGCAGAAGCACCCCCUCCUCAGGAGAGCCAUGUUUUAGCUUCUUCUGUAGUGGCACUUAGGCUGUGGUUCUGACUUGGCUGUACGGGGCAGCAGUGGGGUUGGCUCUUGGAAAAGCAGAAAAGCCUUGACCUUGCAAUUCUUGUUUCCUCACAGCUAGAACUUAUCUUUAUCUGCAGAGCAGCAUCUGAGUUAAAAGGGCGGGUAGUUCCCUGAUUGUUGGUUUAGUACUUUGUUAGGCUUAGUCCUCGUACUUUCAAUUCCCUUGCUCAAGACACUUGUAAUGGAACUUCUUUUUAAAUAAUGAGGCUGCAAGCUUUUCUUGUCUCUUCUGGGUUGGCUGUUAAACUGUAGAUUGCACGUGCAGAGCAGUAAUGGUGCAAAAACAUCGAAGACUUAAUCAUGGGAUCCUUUCUUGCUGCUAUGCUGCUGUGCCAGUGGCUGAAGCUAAAUGCCCAGUAGGGCACUGAACCAGGUAAAGACAUUUUUGCAGGGAUGGCAGCUGGCAUCAGGCCUGUAAUCACUGCUGUGUGGCUUCAGGAAGCACCAAGGCCCAUGCAGCAAUAGGGUUCCUCACCUUUAAGCAAAAAAUAAAGGGGGUAGUGCCACAUAGUGCACAAACCCCCAGGUAUGGAAGAUGAUUUCCCAUUUGUACUUCUGUGGUGUGUUUAGGGCACAAUGGGGGAUUGAGGGCUGUGUUUCUGCACUGUUAACCUUUACCCUGUGCUCGCUUUCUGAAAGUGAGAACGCAUCUGGGUGUUUGGCUGUACUUUCUCUCGGAUACAAAGGCUUAUUUGAGGAAGGAAGUAUGGGUCUUGCCCACAUGAAAUGCAUCUUUGCAGGUGUGUGCUCUGGUAGAGCACUCUGCAAGACCCAGGAGGAGGGCCAGAUCCCUUGGUUUCCUCCUUCCCUCACACUGCCAUUGCAACUCAAAGAAUGCAACACCUUUUCUUUUUUUAAAUGUGUUUGAGAUAAAGAAGUUUCUACCUUCACAACCAUCAUAGGAACUGCCUGUGAGCGCUGCUGUGGUCAUGACCAUGUGAAGAUCACUGCACUGUGUCACUGCUUGAUUCUAUUUGUGACCCAAUGUUUGUAAUGACUAAUUCCUGCUGCUACUGCAGGAUGCCCUGAAAUAAAGUGCAACUAUUCAUGUGUGUUA